AGGUUACCACUGAAAUACCGCGUAGCACUACGUACGUAUCUUAGCAGUUGAGCUCGUAUCUUUUGUUGCUCUUCUCAACACCACUGUUUGUGCUCACGGAACUCUCUCGACCACCAACAUCAUCAUGGUCAACGCAUUCGCAGAGGAGCUGAAAGUACGCGGCAACGAAGCCUUCGCGGCGAAGCGCUUCGAGGAUGCCAUCGUGCUCUACGACAAGGCUAUCGAAACGGAUGAGACGAACUUCGUCUACUACAACAACCGCGCCGCCGCCUACCAUGAGUUGAAGAACUACGCCAAGGCGAUCGAGGACGCCACGAAGUCGAUCUCGAUCGAGAAUAACCCCAAGGCGCACGCCCGCCUUGGCGCAGCGCUGUGGGCACAAGGUAAGCACCGCGAGGCAAAGGGCGAGUUUGAGGUGGCUGCUGCGAUGGACCCCUCCAACAAGUCCCAUAAAGAGAGCGUGCAGGCGUUAGAGCAGCUCAUCAACCCGCUGCCCUCGUCGUCGGGCUUUGCGCACAGGCGUGGUGUGCCGCACCCGUACGAGUACGCGCGUGCGGCCGCGGCGGCGACCAGCGCAGCGGGCCCGACACAAGGCGGCGAAUUCGUUUCGGUGGACUGCGGCGUUAUUGGCUUAGUCCUCGACGUCGUGGUGCUCCUCUUGACGGUGUUCUUCGUCCUGUCCUCUUUCUUCGUUCCGUCGCUGCCGGGUAAACUGUGGGCCUACCUGUUGAUCGCCACCAUGCUUCAGCAGGCGCUGGUGAUGCGGGUGCGGAACUUGCUGCAGGCGAAGAUGGAUGUGCUGAACUCGUGGACGUCGCACUUCUGCUCCCUGCUCUUUGCGCUGUGCUUCUUCGCGCUGCUGAUUGGUGUGCGCCCCAUCAUCUUCAUGCCCAUGUUCAUCGCUGGCUACAGCCUUCUGGAUUUGAUCAACAAGCGCCAGCAGGUUGCCGCGCAGCUCGGUCCGCUGUAUCCGAUGAUCGCCCCUUACGUACAGAGGGCUGAUGAUAGCAAGGAGCAGAUUCGCAUCUUUGCUGCCAGCGUCGAAGCCUUGCUGACCUUCACCAUAAUGUUCACCGGUGGCACCUUCUUCACCUUGGCCUACAUCCAGUACGCCAAGAACCGCUACAACCACGACAGCUACAUGAAGCUCGCCUUCAAAGGUCUGCGGAUGAACGUCACGCGCCUCACCACGGCAUCGUUUGUGCCGGCGGUCGUGGACAAGUACGCGCAGAAGUUCUUCGAUCUGUUGGACAAGAUUGCUCAGCAGCCGAUUUGA